AUGGCGGACACUGUUAUUCAGCCUGAGGUCGAGGCCAAUGCCGGCACCAUGGAGCUCAAGGACAACACCAUCAUCGUAGUCCUCGGCGCGUCCGGUGACCUGGCCAAGAAGAAGACCUUCCCUGCCCUCUUCGGUCUUCACCGCAACAACUUCCUCCCCAAGAACAUUCGCAUCGUCGGAUAUGCGCGCACAAAGAUGGACCACGAGGAGUACCUCAAGCGCGUCAAGUCCUACAUCAAGACCCCCACACAGGAGCUGGAGAAGCAGCUUGAGGAAUUCUGCGGCUACUGCUCGUAUGUUUCCGGCCAGUACGACAAGGACGAGUCGUUCAUCGAGCUCGAGAAGCACCUUAGUGAGCUCGAGAACGGUCGCAAGGAAACCAACCGCAUCUUCUACAUGGCGCUUCCCCCCAGCGUCUUCAUCACAGUCUCGCAGCACCUGAAGCGAAACAACUACCCCAAAAACGGUAUCUCCCGCGUUAUCGUCGAGAAGCCCUUCGGUAAGGACCUGCAGAGCUCCCGCGAGCUCCAGAAGGCGCUCUCGCCCGACUGGACUGAAGACGAGCUCUUCCGUAUCGACCACUACCUCGGAAAGGAGAUGGUCAAGAACAUCUUGAUCCUCAGGUUCGGCAACGAGUUCUUCGGCGCAACCUGGAACAGGAACCACAUCGACAACAUUCAGAUCACAUUCAAGGAGCCGUUCGGCACGGAGGGCCGUGGUGGUUACUUCGACGACUUCGGCAUCAUCCGUGAUGUCAUGCAGAACCACUUACUGCAGGUCCUCACCCUCCUGGCCAUGGAGCGCCCCAUCUCCUUCUCCGCAGAAGACAUCCGUGACGAGAAGGUUCGUGUCCUGCGAGGCAUGGCCGCAAUCGAGCCCAAGAACGUCAUCAUCGGACAGUACGGAAAGUCGCUCGACGGACAGAAGCCCGGCUACAAGGAGGACGACACAGUUCCCAAGGACUCGCGAUGCCCCACAUUCGCCUCGAUGGUCGCAUACAUCAAGAACGAGCGAUGGGACGGCGUGCCUUUCAUCCUGAAGGCAGGAAAGGCUCUCAACGAGCAGAAGACUGAGGUCCGCAUCCAGUUCAAGGAUGUCACCUCUGGCAUCUUCAAGGACAUUCCUCGUAACGAGCUGGUCAUCCGUGUCCAGCCCAACGAGUCUGUCUACAUCAAGAUGAACUCCAAGCUUCCCGGACUCAGCAUGCAGACCGUCGUCACAGAGCUCGACCUUACUUACAGGCGGCGAUUCUCGGACCUCAAGAUCCCUGAGGCUUACGAGUCCCUUAUCCUUGACGCGCUCAAGGGCGACCACAGCAACUUUGUCCGUGAUGACGAGCUCGACGCCAGCUGGAGGAUCUUCUCGCCUCUCCUGCACUACCUCGACGACAACAAGGAGAUCAUCCCCAUGGAGUACCCCUAUGGAUCUCGCGGCCCUGCCGUUCUGGAUGACUUCACAUCGUCGUACGGAUACAAGUUCAGCGACGCAGCAGGCUACCAAUGGCCCAUGCAAGAGGAGGGCAAGUUGUAG